UCACGUGACAAACAAGAUGGUGGUCGUACUUUCAGUUCCCGACCUUUCAGACGGCAAACAUUGAUAUUAUCUCGCUUGUAUCCAGGAUCUGCAGGCCAUCACUUGAAUCUUGUCUAGAUUAUCGUCCACUCCAAUUUUCAAGCAUACGUCGGUGGUGACGAUGAAAUCGAUAGAGGCCAAAGUUGUCGUUCUCGGAUCUCAGGGUGUUGGGAAGACCAGUGUUGUGAUCCGCUAUGUUGGAGGGAUGUUCAGUAAAGCUGUCAGUCCAACCAUUGGGGCCUCCUUCUUUACCUAUAAAAUGACCGUCAAUAACUAUAGAAUUAAGCUCCAGGUUUGGGAUACAGCAGGACAGGAGAGAUUUAGGUCUAUGGCACCAAUGUAUUAUAGAAAGGCUAACGCUGCCAUGUUAAUCUACGACAUGACAUCAGCAGACAGCUUCUACGACAUAAAGGAUUGGGUCAGCGAAUUGAAGAAGAACGUUGACACACCUAUAGCGAUGUGUUUGGUUGGUAACAAGUGUGACCUAGCUGAUAAUCGUGAGGUCACAGCCGGUGAUGCGGAGGAAUAUGCCUCAAACAUUGGAGCACUCAACCACGAAACAUCUGCCCUCAAGAAUACAGGUAUUGAUGAAGCAUUCCUCCAGGUGGCGCAGCAGUUGAUAAAACUUUACGAGACCUCACCCAACUCUGGCCUUCACACUGUUGAUACGACCAUCGACCAGUCUUCCCCAGCUCCCACAGACACCAGCGACACCUUCCGUCUCUCUUCCCAACCCACGCCCCCUGGUGACGACUCUAGCUGUCCCUGUUGAUGAUAACUCAGAUAAUGUGUGUAUUUAUUAUAUAUCAUCGCCAGGGACAAUUCAUCAAGAGAACUAGAAAUACCGAAUCCCAUUUCUGUUAUUGUUUUCAGAAAUCUCUGAUUCAUUUUCCAGUGAAUCACAUUUCCAUUAGAGUCAACAAGCCUUGAAUCACCAUAUGUCCAGCUGUCCUUAUGUUGCUUGGCUACCUAGUAUCUGAUGUCAUGGUUACCUGGCUGUUGACCUUUGACGCGUUCGUAUAUAAAUGUAUAUUUGUAUAUAAAGCUUGUUUUCUAGUGACAUAUGCUGUAUAUAGAGACAAAAGUUGUAAAAUUAUAAAACUUAUUUAUGCUGCUCAAUGUUGUAUAUUCAUAAGAUGGUCUUUGUUUACAUAGGGACAUUUUUAAAUUCUGGGGUUGUCAGACAUCUUUGUAAGUUACAUAUUUAUUGAACACAGUAACUUCAAAAUCAUCAUAAAAUUCCUUUUAGAAAGUUAUCAGCUUCUAAAAAAGGCUUAUAUCAUUAGAUGUCAGUCGCAAAAAAAUGUUGUGCAAGUACAUUUAUACAUUCUAUUGAUAUUGUGUGAAUUUUCAUUAUUUCAUCGAGGGAUGUAUAUAAUAACUAUGGAGAUGUUCGAUAUAUUAUUUUAUAUAAUUCUACGAUGUGUCAUUCCAUUUAGUGAGAUAUACUGACAUAAUUAGUCUGAUAUUUAAAUAUCUAAACGUAUGGAUGCCAGACAUGUUAUGUAUUGAAAUAUCUGUCUCAUUUGCUGAAAUCACUGAAAUUUGUAUUAAGUUCACAUUAAUUGAUGACAUCACUGAAACUUGUAUUAAGUUCACAUUAAUUGAUGACAUCACUGAAACUUGCAUUAAGUAUACAUUAAUUGAUGACAUUACUGAACCUUGUAUUUAGUAUACUUUAAUUAAUGACAUCACUGAAACUUGUAUUUAGUACACAUUAAUUGAUGACAUCACUGAAACUUGUAUUUAGCAUACAUUAAUUGAUGCAUCACUGAAAAUUGUAUUAAGUAUACAUUAAUUGAUGACAUCACUGAAACUUGUAUUAAGUAUACAUUAGAUGAUGUCAUUGAAACUUGUAUUAUGUACAUUAAUUGAUGAUAUCACUGAAACUUGUAUUAAGUAUACAUUAGAUGAUGUCAUUGAAACUUGUAUUAAGUAUACAUUAAUUGAUGACAUCACUGAAUUUCAUAUUUAGUAUACAUUAAUUGAUGACAUCACUGAAACUUGUAUUAAGUAUACAUUAGAUGAUGUCAUUGAAGAUUGCGAAUUAAGUAAUUAUGUGACAAGAACCUGCAUAUCAUAUAAACAGACAUUGAUGUCAAUCAAAGCAUUUUAUGUUUGUAUUAAUGACAUCACACACAUUAAUUGAUGACAUCACUCACAUUAAUUGAUGACAUCACACACAUUAAUCUAUGACAUCACACAUAAGUUUAUGACAUCACACACAUUAAUUGAUGACAUCACACACAUUAAUCUAUGACAUACACGCAUUAAUUCAUGACAUCACAUAUUAAUUUAUGACAUCACACACAUUAAUUUAUGACAUCACACACCAUACAUUAAUUGAUGACAUCACACACAUAAUUGAUGACACCACUUACCAUACAUCAUAUUACCUUUGUAUUCUAUAAUAAUUUAUUAUGCUGAAGUGUACUAGGGUAUAAAUGUAUGAAAAAAUAUCAUUUGUCCAGAGACCUAGAUUUGUGAAAUAUUUUCAUAAAUAAUCCAGUGAAAUUUUAGAUUGUAGUAAUUGCUUACUGUUGUGAUGGAUACAAGAUAGAUAACUCAGAUUUGGAAAAUCCUUGUCACUUACAAUCAUGUCUCUUAUAUUUGGCAACAUUUUUUAUUUAAAAUCCAUUUACAUUUGCCAAAAAAUAUGAUUUUUGCAUACCUUGAUAAAUUUUCAAUCGGUAAACAUGUACUGUACAUUAUUGAGUUUAGUGAUAUUGUACAUUGUAUUUGUUAUGUAAAAGUCCUUUUGGGGUAUGCUGUGUUACAAGUACCAAGGAUUUGGGUUUGAAGUGUCACCGAGACAAUACAAUUACCGGGUAUGUAAUUGUGGCAUCCUCACUGUACAAUUUUUUUAAUAUUUUCACAGUGGUGUUUGUUUUGUGUUGAAGUUCACAAUGAACUUAUUCAGACAAAAUUAUUUAACUAUGCAUUGUAUACUCAAUUUGUGAGCAAACUCGAGUUAUUAUUUAAGAAUGUCUGUAAGCUAACACGAGUUGUUAUUUAAGACUCAGUCUGUGAGUUAAUAUUAUUUCAUACUCAGCCUGCUAUGCAUUGCAUUAAACCAUCUUGUGAAUAGAUUUUAUUGAAAUGAUAUGUUUCAUAUUAACCAUCGUAAUAAAACAAUAAAGAUGUCACAAAUUCA